AUGGGUCAAACGCACUCUAGAAAGGGCCCAGAAAAGGCUCGAGUCAGUACAAUCGUCAUCAAUGACACCCCGUCCAUUCCCACAACACAUCGUCGCAAUCCUGGAAUAGAACGACCCCGGUCGGGCUACCAACAUGUCAAACGAAAACUCAAACGCAUCGAACUGUUCUCUCUUCAUCAGGUCUUUGACGAUCUAAAGACAACAUUUCCUGACGAUCAGUUUGAAUGCAUUGAGCCCAAACGAUUUUUGGAACACUUGGAUUUACCACCUCAAAUUGAGCCUGCAGGAGUUCUACUUUUCAAAUCAUUUUCGUAUCUUGGCACCUUCCCGAAUUGUGUUUCAUCUGGAGCAGUCCCGCUCUCACUCGAUGCUUUUAUCACUGCGUUUGUCCUCUUGUCCGGAAGAAUGGAUACAGAAGACGAUGAUUCGUUGUUCGAAGACCUGUUUUUCGAAUCCUUAGCUAUCCUGCCUGCACCCCGUACGACCGAAAUACCACCAGCUGCGGAAGCCAUAGUACCCCAGACAGUUGCAGAGGUUGAAACCGGCGCCCAAGAGCCAUCGAGUUCCUUACCUCGAGGUCUUUCACUUGCUGAUCUGGGUGUUCAGUUUGAUGACUUUGAUCUUGAAAACGACACAAGUCCAGAGGAAGACAAGGAGGAGGAAGAGGAAGGAUUGAGCAUCCUUCGAAAAGAUUUGAUAAAUCUCUUUGAGCUUCUUUUGUGGAUUGUUGAGAUGGAGAAACAGGAGAGCAUGAUAAUACCCUUAUUGAAGCCUGCCAAGAUUGACUUUGACAAUAUUUCAAUAAUGGCAGAGCGUGUAGUUAACUCAAUUAAACCAAAAGACGCGUCCAACACAUCACCCCAACAAGCUGCCGAUCAAUGCAUUUCCCACAGACAGUUCCGCACAUGGAAAGAACGUAAUGCACCCCAUCUUUUUAAGACCAUUCAAUCGUUUAUAUACAGCAAAUUUGCCAUGUGUACCCAGCACUCUUUAGCAGCCAUGUCUGACCUUGUACUCAAACAAGAUACUGUGCCGGUACCAAAUGUAUCAGACAUACUCGACCCACUCUAUUGUUCGCUUCUCUGCUGGCGUUUGCCAGAAAAGUGUCUCAAAAACAAACAGUGGGAACGACUUUACUCUGGUGAUCAAGAUGGCUUUUCCAUGAACCGAUUUGCAAGCCAUGUGUUCAAGUACCCAGAUCCUACCCUUAUCAUUAUCCAAGCCGAGAUCACCUCAGAUUCUCCCAAUUCAGCAUCAUCAUCAUCACCACCACUAACCACUCUCAUUCUUGGUGCUUAUAUUCCAGAACCAUGGAAGAGUUCAAAACACUAUUGGGGAGGCUCGGAUUGUUUUGUGUUUGAGCUCUCGCCCACAUUUGAAGUCUAUCGACCUACGGGCCGCAAUGAUCAAUACGUGUACUACCACCCUGAUGUUGGAAUCGCUUUUGGAGGAACAUCCGUUCUUUCUCUCCCGCCAAAAGCAAACACCAAGCGCACCUCGGCGGCGGCUGCUCCCCAAUUAGACAACUUUCUCAUCACACUCGACAAUUCUCUUCAGAAUGGAUCUUACAAACAAGAAUCAUAUCCAGAGAAGCCCACAUUUGAAAAAUCUGCUGCUCGGAAAUCAUUCUCGUAUACCUUUCAGACCGUAGAUAUGGAAGUCUUUGGGCUUGGAAAUGAAAAGGCACGAAAUGCUCAAGAAAAAGAAUGGCAAUUUGAACAACGAGAGGCUAUGAAGAGAGCUGGCGUUAAUAUUCGUCGAGAUGAUCAGUCUGUGGAUAAGGAGAUGCUUCGAAUGGCAGGCAUAAUUAAUGAUGAAGAUAGACAAGAACGUUAA